AAAAAACCACAAAUUCACAAUGGCGAGAGGCAAGGCUUCAGGAAAACGCGCUCCUCGAAAGCGUCUGCAACCACGACGCACCCGUGACGAGGACCCCUCCUACCUAGCUGCCCAGAAGGAAGUAGAGCGACGUGAGCGAAUCCUCGCCGACCGCCGUCGGACUGAAGCCAAAUGGCGCCCCAAGAUUCCCGAAGUCCGGAAGCUCAACUUCGAGAACUUCAAGAAUCGUUUCCAGGAUCUCGAGGAGCCUGACUAUGCCAUUGAUGUCCUUAUGUCUGGACCGAACCUUCAGGCUCAGAUUCGACGUGAACAGGCUGCCCGUCGCAAGGAGGAUUUGGCUCGUAACCGCCAGAAGUAUUUACUUGCUUAUGGUAUCCCCCGCGAGCAUGUCUAUGUUCCUCGCGUUAAGAACGACGUACAGGACAAGAUUCGAAAGGAGAAGAGAGCCGAGGUUGGGCAGAUAGACGAUGGUGAUAUUCAGCGCAUCCGUAUACAGUCGCAGCCUGUUCUUGGACAUCUUACUUCGCUCCUCAAUGACACCGAACAGCGGUCUACCCCUCGUACUUUCGUCAGGCCUUUCAAGGCGUUGGUCUACUUCCAGCCUAAGAUGAAAGAGAUUCUUGCCACUCUUGAAGAGAAGUGGGCUGACUACGAGGAACUCGACGAAGUUGAGUCGGAGAAGGUGAAUGAAACCCCAGAGGAGGUAGAAAUUGUCGACGAGGAGGAUGCCAAGGACAAGGAGUCUGGCUCCCAGGGUGAGGAUGAUGACGAGGAUGACGACGCCGAGUCGCUCCUUUCGGUCGAUUCUAAUGCAGAGGACUUGGACACUGCCAUGGAUUCGCCCGAGGCUCUUAGGGACAUGCGAUGCUAUGUUAACUUCAUCGACAAGGAGGUUAUGCCCUUGCACAACCGAUUCGAAGGCACCGGAGCCGACAGAGUCAAGUUCGAUGACCUAUGGAGUUUGUUCCGGGUCGGAGACCUGAUUUACAUGCCCGCUACUGGAGAAACGGCGGGCCGCUACCAUGAGGUGUGGCGCGUCUACCGAGUCGAGAUUCCAGAGGUGGAGGCGGCGUACCCGUCGAAGCUAGAAUGGGAGUUUUUCUCAGACGAGCUUCGACAAGACAAGAAAGCUAAAUUCACCAUUUUUGCCUACUACAUCGACCACGAUGGAAACUCUUUCGGCGCUGUUCGUCACAAGUUCGAACUCGAGUCCUUCUCUGGCGAGAGAUUGAUCGAGUCUCUUGAAGUAUUCCCGAUUCGUUACCGCCAGGACCACAAGCAGCUCCUAGAGUCGCUUAAGUUGCAAGGUCGAGACUUCCAACAAUUCCUUGGGGACAGACACCGGUCUUACAAUGCUUGGACAUUGACCAGGAACCCGCCGUUCGACACCAAUGAGGCUGAUGACGAGAUUCUAGAGGACGAAGACAGGGAGAAGAUGCGACACCCUGAGUUUGUCGAGAGUGACGUGAUCGUCGAUCUUGCGGAGGCGUUCCAGAAGAACCCAGAUUGGCGGCCUAGGUUCCACAAACUGACCGUCAGCAAGUCCAUCAGGUGCGAGGUGGAGGACGACGAUAUGAACAUCCAGCACUGGUUCGAUGGCUCGCGACAGAACAUCGCAUAUGCCCAACGUGAGAUUGUUCAGAAGGACGACGGCGUUGAGAUGUGGCAGCGCCGUGAGAACCUCAACGUAGACAUGUUCCUCCGCCAGCGCACCAAGGGAACCCGUACAUACGAGAUGAACCCGAAGGCUUUGGAGCUGCGCGAGGAGGACCUUGUCCUACUUCCCAAGCGUAUGUUCGCGUAUGCCUUGCGCGAGCGUAGAUUCGUCCCCGUCAACUCCCACUUCUUGAAGCCAAUCCGCAGAGAACAAGGUGUAUUUGAGAACCUUAAGAUCUUGAAGGACUACAAGGAUAUCGUGCGUGGUCUUGUCGCCUCGCAUUUCCAGAAGAAGACCCUCGAGAGACGCUAUGUGGAUAUGUCGACUGAGGGUCCUAGCCAGGAUCUUAUUCAGAACAAGGGUCGUGGUCUAGUUGUUCUACUCCACGGUGUGCCGGGUGUGGGUAAAACUGCAACCGCCGAAGCUGUGGCGAUGGAGUAUCGCAAGCCCUUGUUUGUCAUCACAUGUGGUGACCUAGGUCUUACACCGUCCGAGGUGGAAUCUUCGCUCAACAACGUCUUCCGCCUGGCACAUCUAUGGGACUGUGUGCUCCUUCUAGACGAGGCGGAUGUGUUCCUAUCGCAGCGAUCCAAGCUCGACAUGAAGCGCAAUGCACUAGUCUCAGUGUUCCUGCGUGUCCUAGAAUACUACAACGGUCUACUAUUCCUAACGACCAACCGAGUCGGAACAAUUGACGAGGCCUUCAAGUCGCGCAUCCACAUGUCGCUAUACUAUCCGCCUCUUGACAAGGCACAGACGCGCGACAUCUUCCGGCUUAACCUAAGCAAGUUACGGGAAAUCGAAGCGCAGCGACACGAAAUGACAGGCGAGCCGACGCUCGUUAUCAAGGACAGCGAGAUAGUCGACUUUGCCGGUCGGCAUUACGAAGAGAACGCACGGUCCACGGGCUGCUGGAACGGUCGACAGAUUCGUAAUGCCUUCCAGAUCGCGUCCAGCCUUGCGCAUCAUAACUACACGAAUGCAGUGGAGGUGGCGCGCAGCCGCGGACAGCAGCCCCCUGCUGCGCCAGUGCUAGACAAAAGCCUGUUCGAGAAGGUACAGAUGUCGACGCAGAGCUUCGAUCGCCACAUGAAGGAGUCGAAGGGGUUUGAUGCGGAUCUACCUCUUCGGAACACGUUCUAUGAGGAGAACCGAUUCGAGUAAUGGGUAUAGGCUGAUUCCACGGCUGAGACUUGGCUUACGACGGUAACAUGGAAUGAUUAUUGAAUGAUUAUCUCGAAUUGAUGUUAUGUUAUUCUAUUGAAGGUAUAUGAACAUCCUGUUUUAGUCCUUUAGGGAGUUUGCUCGUCGAUAGUGCCAAUACACUCGUUCGCUCGAGUAACCGUUAAUCUGUGCUGUUCAGAAUAUGAUAUAAUAUGUUAGUCCCACCUAGAUUUGAUAUCGGAAGUGCUUUUUUUUUUUUUUUUU